AUGUACAAAAACACCUCUCUGAUUGCCAACAGCGUGAAAGUGGCAUCCUCCGGCCAUGGAAAGCCCACAGUUUUCCACAAGCAGCCGCCUAACAAGUCCAGUUGUUGCUAUGAAGUGAGUAAACCCAUUUUGGUUGCCAGCGUCGCCUACCGGUACACCAGCUCAGCUUUAACUGCUGAUACCUCAAAGGACUCCGUCUUUGACCUUACCAAUGACGCCGACAACCUCGUUUUGGCUAUCAACAAUGAUGCUAACAGUAUCACCAUUGCCGACGACCAUGAGCAAACUUUGGUCUACGACAACAACCAGAAGAGCUGUAAACCACGGCGAAUGAUCUGCCCUUCUACCAACGUCUGUGAGCUAAUUUCUCCCUUAGCAUGUGCCCGUGCCAGCCGCUCUUCCUUGGCCGUCGAUACCUACAUGAAAGCCUCUUUUCUCGUCGACAAGCCCAACACCCAAUACAACAACGAUGUGACAACCACCAUGUUUGAAAGCAUGCUGGCUAUCGACGUCUACAACAGAAAGAAGCCAUCUUUGAGUUUCAAAGAUGGCAGCUUGAAAGAGCCACUUUCCAACCAUGGAACUACAGCAAUAACUGCCUCCUCCUCCACCUCCACGGAGCCAUCUUUUAUAUCUUUGACUCCAAUCCCGACAACCAACUGCUCCUCUUUGGAGCCAACACAAUGA